AUGAAACCGGGUCAGACACUAUUCUGCCUCCCACCUGUGUAUUGGCUGCCCUCACUUGGGAGAUUGAGACCAAGGUUAGGGAGGCUCAAAGGGAUCAGCCCGACCCAGGCAACGGGCCCCCGAACCGCUUGUUUGUUCCCGACGCCACUCGGUCCCAAGUACUGCAAUGGGUCCACAACUCCCGCUUCGCCUGUCACCCUGGCGUUACCCGAACUCUCUCCCUCCUCCAACGGCACUUUUGGUGGACCACCAUGGAGGCCGAUACCCGGGCUUUCGUGGCCGCCUGUACCAUAUGUGCUCGUGGGAAGGCAUCACAUCGACCACCGGCUGGUCUACUGUUACCACUCCCAGUUCCCAGUCGCCCUCUUUUGGCCAAGCUUUGGGGCUACCAUCAGUCUCUCUUCCGGCUUCCACCCACAAUCUAACGGACAGACAGAGAGGGCAAACCAGGACCUCGAAGCAGCUCUUCGCUGCGUGGCCGCCUCCAAUCCCUCCUCUUGGAGUUCCCAACUCCCCUGGGUGGAGUAUGCGCACAAUUCCCUGACAUGCGCAGCUUCCGGGCUCUCUCCAUUUGAGUCCUCGCUUGGGUAUCAACCACCCCUUUUUCCAGCCCAAGAGAGUGAGCUAGCGGUACCAUCCGUACAACACCACCUUCGUCGCUGCCGGAGAGUCUGGAAGGACACCAGGGCCGCCCUUCUCCCGUUGAGGAGGAGGUACUGUGGUAGUCUGCCACCGUUGCCUCUUCAGCCCUGUGUUCUCUGUUGUUUCCCCUUCCUGGUGUUUCCUGUGUGUCCCCUACUUGUCUGUAGGUGUGUGUGUAAGUGUGUAUGUCACCGGCUCCAUGAAUCCUCACCUGCUGCUGAUCACCGGCACACCUGUCCUCUAUCUACUCAUCAGUCUCCACAGCUUAUAUGCCAGACUCUUCCACUACACCGACGCUAAGGCUCUGCUAAGAAAUACGCAGCUAAAUACUUUGCAAGUAUAUUUUGUUUCCUCGUGUUUUUGAUCCUGUCUUCUGCUCUGCCCAAAGGAUUAUCCUGUGCUGGUGAUCAGCUCCUGUUCUCUGGAUUCCUGUCUGCCUGUCUGCCUGCCUCUUCAGCCAUCUCCACCUUGCCUGUUCUCCACUGCUACACCCCGGUCCAAUAUCCAUGCUUGUUAUAAUAAAGUGUGAAUCAAGUGACUAA